AUGACCGCGCAAUUCAUGGCAUGGACCACAAACUCUGCCAUCUAUUCGCGGAACGGCCAAGAUGUCUUUGUCUUCACCCAGGCUGAGCCAACAGGACUUCUGAAGAAUACCAAGUCCCGAGUGUAUUUCAUCAGCAUCCCUGAUGCGGUGAUCAUCGAGGCACAAGGACUAGACUUCACCGUGUUGCAACUCCUGGUCAAUGAGAAGCAUGGCGAUGUGAUUGCAGUGGGCCACCGAGCGGGCUCCAUGAUGAUCGUCACCAUUGCAAAGAUCUAUUUUAACGAGGUACCCAAAAAGAACCAAAACGCUCGGAAUGGCACGUUGCAACUGAGGCCCCAGCGCCUGGUGCCCGUCGAAGACUUUGGUGACCUUUUCUUGAGCCCGGGCUUAAUCAGUAUCCGGGAGCAGAUCUACUUUGCCGCUGCCUUGGCAGAACCGCGCAUCCCUCUGUCGUUGGCAGCGCCGGCGCUGGUCUACGCUCGCUUCAGUAUGGAGGCUGUCACCAUUGAUGUGAAGUUCGAUCGUGCAACACUACGCGGUGCAUUGCCUGUGGACACCAACAACGACAUCGUGCCAGACAUCAUCGACUACACCACGCAGCUCACUGGAGAUGCGUGGGAUUGUGCCAACGUCUUUGAUGCGGAGACAGUGAUUCUUUUGGGCCCGUACCCAGAGACGACGUGUAAAUGGGCCUCAGACGACCUGAUCCAGGUGGCGCUGCCUCGAGUCUUCGAGAUCCAGGUUGGAGAUCAGAUCUUUUUGAACGCGGACACCAUCUACACCAUUCCACGCCCACAGGACAAUGAAUAUUCCAUGGCCGCGCAAGGUGGCAUCGCCAUCUCACUGCCCGAUCCUUUGGAGCAGCCGGUCGUCAUCAUCACCGGGCAAACAGAGAUCGACGAGUGCAGCCCGUUGCAGCUCUACGCCACAGACAGUUACUUCCUGGGCGGCAAAGCCUCCUACAGGUGGGAGCUGUUGGGCUACACAGAUCUCACCAACAAUCCGGCCGGAAGGAUCUACAACCAAACAAAGCUGGAGCUCUUCCGCUUCGUGCUGCAAAAUGCCACCGAUUUCAAUGAAGGGAAGGUGGAAAGUCCCCCAGACUAUUUGGAAGAAGCCGUGCUCUUCACCAUCAAUCUAACGGUCACCAGUCGAUGGGGCCUCUCUCAGAGCGAGUUGGUUGAUAUCACCAAGUUGGACUUCCCGGCACCGAUGGUCAGUAUCUUGGGACCCAAAGAGCUCUUGGUAAAUCGCACAGAGCAAGUGUCGCUGUUGGCCAAUGGUGUUCCUUCGGAGUGUCAAACAGUGUCCAGACAGUUGGGCUAUCGUUGGUUGGAGACCACCGGCCAACUGGUACGCCCGACAAACGCUUUGGUGCCGAACAUUUACAACUUCACGGUGGAGACCUUUGCCAUCAACAACCCCAACAAUGCCGCAUAUGCCUCGGUCACUGUCAAGGUGCGGCGAUCUCCAGUCUUCGCCUACUUGGCCACGGAGGAUCGUCUCAUGACGCGUGGUGACAUUCUGGUCCUGGAUGCUCGGGAGAGUCAGGAUCCGGACUACCCGACCAAUCCAGGAAUGACCUUUGUGGGAACCUUCCAGUGGUGGUGUUUGACUCCGGAGCGUUUGCCAUGCUUUGGAAGCGACUCGACGGGCCUGAUUCCACCUUUGGCCACUUGGCACGAUCGACGGGCCUUCGGGGUCGUAGAGUUUCUGGCUUUUCACCUUUAA